AUGCAGCCCGAUAAGGUUAAAAACGUAGAUCGAAAGCGUGAAAUUGAAGAGCGAAAUAUAUAUCAUUCGCGGUUUCGCUGUGAUCUUGUUGCAGAGAGCCGGGGAAAGUCUACGCGCGCUGGAAGCCACGCGACCUCCUGCGAUCUCCACGAGCCCCAAUCGACAAUGCUCCAAAAACGCCGCGCUUGUGGACCGUCACUGCGACGUCGAAGUUCCUACUAUUCACGAAGUUACAUACAAUAACGAUAAGAAAUUGCUGGAGCCGAGUUCCACGUUGGUGCCGAGGCCUCGAGAGUUUUAUUCGCCUCAAGUUCUAUCGUCGUCGACGAUCGCGCAAAUCUCGUUGAGCAACGACGUUGUCAGAAACAACGAGGCACUGUCUGAGAACAACGUAAUAUCAACGACAACGAAGUCGUUACCGAACGUUACGGAGACCAGUCAGUCGAAUGUGAAUCGAAAGGGUGGCUAUCUCGGGCAAAUCACGUCGCCGCAGAAGCUGGAGAUUUCCCAUCCUGUUAGCAGACUGUGCGACACGAUCGAGUCGAUCGUUGGUAAAACCGAUCAUCGUUCCGCCAGCGCGGAAGCCGAGAAGCCGGAGAACGAGGCGAGGAUCGACGAUAGACUGGCUGACAGAGUCAUUAUCAACAGUGAUAACAAUAAUAACGACGCCGCGGUCAGUCAGGAUGGUGCACAACGCGGCAAAACAACGCCGGAGAAUCAUAGGUGCGAUCAGUGUGGCAAGACUUUCGUUACCAAAGCCUCCCUGAAGGUGCACGUCAGAACGCACUCAGGGGAGAAGCCAUUUCGUUGCACCGACUGCGGCAAGCAAUUCUCGCAGUUGCGAAAUUACAAGUACCACCGUAGUGUCCACGAGGGCACGAGGGAAUUCGCGGCCACCUGUCCAGAAUGCGGCAAGUACUUCAACGACCGCGGCUACCUGAGCUCCCAUAUGAAGAUCCACCGUAACCGGAAGGAGUACGGCUGCGCGGAAUGCGGCAAGAGUUUCAAUCAACGGGUCGCCUAUAACAUGCACGUUCGAAUCCACACCGGCGUGAAGCCGCACCAAUGCGAACAGUGUGGAAAAGCGUUUUCCAGGAAGAUGCUGUUGAAGCAGCAUCUUAGAACGCAUUCGGGCGAGCGGCCGUAUCAGUGCCAGGUCUGCCAGAAAGCUUUCGCCGACAGAUCGAACAUGACGUUGCACACGAGAUUACAUUCCGGAUUAAAGCCAUACCAGUGCACGCUCUGUUCGAAGGCGUUCACGAAGAAGCAUCAUCUGAAGACUCAUUUGAAUUACCACACGGGCACCAAGCCCUACUCCUGCCCGAAUUGCGGAUUGAGAUUCUCGCAGAGCAGCAACAUGAGAACACAUUUCAAGAAGUGUACUGUUCAUAAUCCGUCGGAAGUGAAGGACUCGCAGUCGCACGCCAUCAUCGUCGAUCAUUCGCCGAACACCGUGCAAGCGAGAACGAUCUCGAGGACACCUACGGACACGUUAACGCCGCCGAACUCCGACCAGGAAUUAAGCAUCUUGACGCCGAUUUCGAAGAGCAACGGGAUAGAAGGGAACGGAAUGGGCACCUAG